GUCAGUUUAUGGUCCAGUCUUGCUUUAAUGGAAGGUUUGGUGAAGAGAUCGGAGGCGCCCAGUUCGGUGCAACUGUCAUGCUGUUCGGCAAGGAGGCCAACAAAGACCUUGUGCAGGGCCGCGUCGAGUACGUCGAGGUCACGGAGGCUGGACAGGCCUUCCAGCUGGGUCGCUAUCCCCUUCACUUCCACUUGGUCGGCAACGUCAACACCUCUUACAUCCGUGGUUGCGCCGUACAUCGUACGUACAACCGUGCAGUGACCAUCCACGGUGCCGAUUACCUCACUGUGGAGAAGAACGUCGUCUACAAUAACAUGGGCCAUGCUAUAUUCACUGAGGAUGGUGUGGAACAGUUCAAUGUGAUCCAAUACAACCUUGCUGUUUACACAAGAAGUUCAUCAUCGUUGCUGAAUGUUGACAUUACUCCAUCGUCUUAUUGGAUUGUACACCCCAACAACAUCGUCCGGCACAACGCAGCCGCGGGAGGCACUCACUUCGGAUACUGGUACCGGCUGGAGCGCCACCCGUCAGGUCCCUCUGCAACCAAUUCCAUCUGCCAGAACAAUGCACCCAUUGGAGAGUUCAGCAAUAACACAGCACAUUCUAUGGGCUGGUAUGGUCUGUGGGUAUUCUCCAUGGAUGGCUACUUCCCAAAAGACAAUGAAUGCUGGGGGAACAAUCUGGUUGCGAGAUGGGAAGGGUUGACCACUUGGAGGAAUGAACGCGGGGCGGAAAUCGUGUCUGGAGGACAAUUGCAGUUCCACAACUUUGUGGCUCUGGAUAAUCAAUUUUCCGGCAUCGAAAUGGUGCAGAUGGAGGGUGGAUUUGGAAUGGACAACGGACCUGGAGUCUUUAACUCGGUGAUCAUCGGCCACUCGGCGCUCACUCCCGAAGGCUGCGGAGAUGAAACUAGCGGAAUCAUAACACCGAAGAAGGCUGUCUUCAGCAUCGCCGACACCGAGUUCUACAACUUCGAUACCAACAAGUGCACGGCGCUGUCAGGGUGCUCUCAGUGCAAAGUCUUCCAGGGCGGUUAUCAAGCGCAGGUCAAAGGCCUCACCUUCGUAAACUCACCUAACAAGCUGAAGUUCAAGUGGGAACACGAAACGGUGUGGAUCGAUGCAGAUGGAUCGCUGUCUGGGGCUGCUGAAAACAAAGUUGUACCAGUCGGUAUUCUGCCACCUGAAUGCACAAAGAGCGUCUCAGCUUUCUCUCUGAAUCCAGAGGCCCCCGGCGCUGUCUGCCCCUCCUCUGUCGAGUUCGUCAGACUCAGCGUGAAGGGAACCAACGUGAAGCCGCAGUCCUUCCGAGGCGGCGAUCUGAUCCUCUCGAACAGCUACGGCAACACCACCAUCCCGUAUCGCGUAAAGAGGUUGGACGGUGGCGAGGGAUGGAUGGGUAUAGUGUCCACAGGAGAAACCUAUGACUGGAUGUUCGAAGAUGGAGAAACUCAAAUGGAUAUCGAAUAUGAUGCUCAGAGUAAAAAUAUGCUGAGUGGACAGUAUUAUUACGUACAACACCGAUUCAUGCAAACUCCAGAUUACUUCAGCACAACAGGUGUAGAGAGAAACAGCUCUGACACCCUUCCAGACCCGGCUACAGGUUAUCACGGGGAAUACUACUGGGACGAAUCCUCAAAGACGAUGACUUACAUGGUUUCGUAUGAUAAGGAAUCCAGGAAGAAACGAACCGUCUUUGAUGAGCGAAAUACAGGUCGGACACGAAACAUUAACUUUAAGACAUACAGGUGCGAAUACGCGGGCUGUGUUGCUCCCACGCCUCCGCCCGUGCCCACUGGCCGACCGGAUGUUACUUUCCUGUGGUCCGACGUUGAGACCUGGAAGGAAGUUCCUGUAGGAUCGGGAGGACAUCCGACGGAGGAAGAAUAUGGCCUGCCAGUGGAAGGCGACGAGAUUAUCAUUCCACCAGGAAUGUGGAUCAUCGUGGAUACAGAUACCCCAAGCCUCGGCCGUGUUUAUGUUUAUGGCGGUUUGGAGUUUGAAGACUCGAGAGAUCAUGUGUUCAAUGCUACCAUUAUUUUCCUGCAGGGUGGAACUCUGGUAGCCGGAUUUAGCGAAGACGCCCCCUUCAUGCAUACACUCGACAUCGUCCUCAGAGGCACCACAGAUCCUAAUGAUCCAGACAAUGUUGACAUGCCCAUGCCCGAUGGCACACCCGACGUUGGAUGGAAGGCCAUGGGUGUAUUUGGACAACUGAUUCUUAACGGCCAAUGUCCUUCCACCACUUGGGUCAAACUCGGAGCCACCGCUGCUGUCGGGGAGACUGUAAUCACGCUUGCUGAAGCUGCCGACUCGUCAUGGCUCAAUAAAGAGGUAAUAAUCACUACUACCGGCAAGGAGGCUACCGAAACCGAAGUGCGGAUGGUCACUGCCGUAUCAGGCAACACUCUCACCCUUGAUGCUGCUCUCCUUUACGAACAUUUAGGCGAGACCCACACACUUUCUGAUGGAACUCAGUACGUAAUGGCUGGCGAGGUUGGCCUUCUCACUCACAACAUCGUCAUCGAAGGCAGUGACUAUGCAGGGCUGAAUGCAGAAGGUUUUGGAGGUCGCGUCCUCGUUUCCUCGUUGACUGCAGAAGGAGUUGAUUAUCAAGGAAGUGCUCAGCUUUCCUGUGUGGAAUUUAAGAACAUGGGUCAGAAGGACUUCUCAGAAUCCACCGAUCCAAGGUUCUCCUUGGCUUUCCAUAGUCUGGGGACUGACGAUGGCUCCAACUAUGUGAAGAAAUGUAGCUUCAACAAGAACUUCAACAGUGCUAUUGGGUUCUUCAGUUCAAACAAUUUUGUCGUUGAAAACAACGUCGUUUACUAUACCGUUGGCUCUAGCAUCGUCGACGAGGGUGAGGACAACACCUUCCGCUACAACCUGGUAUCCCUUUUGUUCUUCCCUGGUACAUACAACGGCGAAUCGGAAUCUCAGUACCAGCCAUGGGAAGGCGGAUUCUAUCUCAAUAAAGCUUCUAGAACUGUAUUACAGGGCAAUGUUGUUGCUGGAUCCGAGCUUGCUGGCUACCGUACCUAUGGAGAGCUUUGUGAAGAGUCCACUAAUUGGGUCGACAAUGAAGUCCAUGGUGCGACAUAUGGUGUUAUGCUGUGGAAAAAAGGAAACCCAGAACCUAUGGAUUGCAGAAGGAUCAAUGACUUUUAUGCUUGGAGAAUCACUGAUACAGCCUUCUACAUGCAAAGUUAUGCAAGCCUUCACCUAACAAACGUGGUUAGUGCUGACAGCCUCAUUGGAACAAACCAGAUCAUUUACGCUCCACCUGCCUUGAGCCACAUGGUCUCUACGAAAACAGCAACUACAGAUAACUCCUUGUUCAUCGGAGCAUCUCCAUCGUAUGACUGUACUUACCACGACUCUAAAUCCAAUGCUCAGAACUUCUUUGAGAAUCUGUGGACAAAAGGCAUUGAUGGCGGAAAUGCCGGAGUGAUGCUGGCAGUCUUUGUCUCAGGAGUCAACAUGGCUCCCAAGCAUCCAUUCCACGAAGCAUCCAGUUAUCCAGCCAUCAAUGGAGCCACAUACAUCAGUAACGUCAAGUUCGCUAACUAUGCCACUCGCUCUUGUGGCAAGGAUGUUGCCAUGAUAUCCAACAAAGACGCAGAUGAUGCUAUCCACCCGGUCUUUGUUAGUGGCCUAACCUUCCUCGACACUUCAGAAAAUAACAAGCUCUUCCUGUUCGAACCCAACCUUGGAAGAGUGAACCCUUCGGACUGCGUGGACAUGGACUGCGAUGGCCACAAAAAGGUUAUAAUUACUGACAAUGAUGGCACUUUCCUUGGUGUUGCGGGCGCCACCGCCACCUCGCAGGCCGAGUUCGAGUGGGAUGAAGAUCCAAGGCGCGGAGUCGGGGAUUACAGGAUUCCAGUCUCUCUUCGUCAAAAUUCCAAUGGCAGUAUCAUUACAGCUGCAGAAAAGUUCCCACAGAAAGGAAUUAUUCGUGAUGACUCUUGCACUCUCAUGGCGGAGUGGCGAGCGUGGAAGUGCACGAAUCUUAGGCACCGCAUGAUGGUUAUUGAAAGUAUGGAUGCGGACACAGAAAUUCGUCGCUUGUCUCCCAUUGGUCUCAUUGCAAACCCAGGCGUGAACGGUUAUGUGGACCUGCUGAAUGGGCCGAUGGAUCGCGGAUGGUGCUUCGGCUAUACCUGUCAGGAGAGAAUCUCCACUUUCUAUGCUGUUGUGGCUACAGGACAUACUUACGAAAUGGCUAUGACUAGUACUCCACCGCAGGUCAUCCGAUUCCACUUGCUCCACACGGAUCCCAGUGAGGCCGUUCUCCUUCACAUGUACUUCCCGAAGAUGCAAAGGUUCGACAUAUCUGUUGACGGCGUCUAUGUUCCUCCAACCAACAUUGACAAUUCUAAAUAUCCAGCAAAUUACCAGCUUCUUCCCGAAAGUGAUUCGUUCUUCCCAUCCAUCACUGAUCCCGUAGGAACCAAUUACCUGCAAAGAGAAGAAAAGCUCCUCCACGUCGUCCUACGAGGCGGGUCUGUGAUAGAUAUUACAACGACCCCUACAAUAAUCCUUUCCAUGGGCAUUGCGAUCGACCCCGACAAUUUCUACGAAGAGAACCUCGUGCAGAAUUUGGCUCUUUUGCUGAAUAUCGCGCCUGAAAAUAUCAGAGUCACCAACAUCAUCAGCGAGAGUUCAGGGAGGAGGAGGAAGAGGGGAGCUUCAGAGGUCGUUCAGGCAGAGUUUGAGAUCGCAAGUCCGCCGACCGACGCGUCCAACAGCACAAGCUCAAUCAGCGGGACUAAAGCAGAAAUGCUGACCCGCGCAGAUUUGGAGGAGAUCAUGGUAGAAGUUGUGAAUACCUUCCAGUCCGGCGUGUGUGAGGUUUGCAACUUCACCAUAAAUACACUGAUGGUCACCCCACCGUUAGAUGAGCCCAAGGUCCCAUCUGGCUACGCAACGCCAGAAUUCGGUCAGCAGAUCACAGAAAACGGAACUCUCUAUAGCAACUUGCAACAGCAGGAAGACCUGUUGGCACUGAACCAGAGUAUUGAGGGCACCGCCUACGAGCAGCCUAGUGCCUCUUCUAUAGAACAAGCAGUUCCGAUCACAGUUAAAGCACUUACUCCGUUUGCUGACCAACCGGUUAUCGUCGUCCUUUCAGAUGAAGGUAAUCCCAUCACUGAGCUGGGCCGAGAGAGCGACCCCUGGAUGAUGACGGCCUUCCUCUCCGGCGGGGACUCGAGGGCAACCCUCUUGGGCAACACGACGGUGCCCUACGAGGACGGGGCCGCGACCUUCAGGAACCUCGGCGUCAGCCUCCCGGGCCAGGGUUACAGCCUAUCCUUCAUGGUCACGAGUCCGGACUCGGCGCCGGAGCUUUCUGUCUCCCUUGGCCAGUCCUUUGUGGUUGAACCAAAGGCGAUUAAGAUGGAGAUUGAGUCUCCAGAAUAUAUCGUACUCAACCAAGAUUUCAGUCUUAACAUUGUCCUCAUUGACGCUGAUACAGGGAGUAUUAUGGACAGCUCAAUGCUUCUAGGUCAAAGUAUUAAGGGUGAAGUGAAGGCGAGGAAAAGGUCAAAACUCAGCGGCAAUAGAAAGUUCACUUUCCAAGAUGAGGACGUGGCCAGCUUCUCGAUUGACGGCCUUCGAGUGGGCAAAGCGAUCCGGAAUUUCCGUCUUUCCGUAAGGAGCCUGAUCGCACCAGCUGGCAUUACCGUUGUUGGCAGAACGGACCUCAUACCGGUCGAAAUGCCCGAUAACGCCACGAUGACAAUUAAGAUGAGAGUCAAAGGCAUCAAGAGUAAAGGAGUGAAGAAAGAUAUAACAACGUUCGAAAAUAAGGUCAUGUCUGAGAUCUCAAACAUCGGAGACGUGUACUGGCAUAACCCUGAACUGAAAACCGGCAGGAAGCUGAUUUUCUCCGUGGAUGCACAAGGCAGCCAGGCGGAGCUGAGCGCUGCCAUCGAGACCCUCUGCAUGAAGCUGAAGACAAGGGAAAUCAAAUUCAAGAUCAACAAGAGAACCGUCUUUUUAGAGAAAAUGAAGGUCGACAAUGGAAAGUGGUCUAAGUGUAAAGUGAGCGGUUCAUCGGAGGUGAAGCAAUACGUGAUCGCCUAGAGGAAGUUUGGCGAUGGCAAGAAGCACGAUUGUGGCAAAUACUGCAUUUAAUUUUCUACAUGUGGUUCCUUUCUGGCUUUUAUGGUACAGGUGAUUUGAUAUUAAAAUCGUAUUUUAAACGUAUCUUAAAGACUGAUUUAUCGAUAUGAAUACAAUGGAUGAUAACUAUUAAAAUAUAUUGCAUCUCGAUGUUGACGAUUCAUGUAUACAGUCAUCCUUGUCAUCAGAAGUUGAUAAAAAAAACUGAGGUAAUGCAAUAAACCAAACAAUCAAGAUUUUUUUUUUUUUUUUUUUACAAUUCCCUUGAUAAAAGAAUGUUCGUCGUGUAUGAAUUAGAAAUAGAAUUUAGCUCUGGGCUCUUUCACAUUCAUUCUUUUAAGUAAGUGUUGGCCUACCGUGACACGCUAGAGUCACAAUGGUGAAUUUAUGGCUACAUGGCUAGGAAGCAGAGGCACCUCGGUGAAGAGAGCAUUGAACAGACAGGUAGAUGCGUGGAGAUCAAGGAGGAGACAGAUAUUUAGGUAGACAGAUUAGAGUGGAGAGGGACAACUGACCCUAAGGGUAAGUGAUACAAAAGAUAUGCGCUCCUGGUGACAUGUUAAUACGGCCGACGGCAGCAGUGACUUAUCCAAAGAAUAUUGCAUUUAAAUAACAUAGUUCAGUGUUGUUUGAAGUGAAAGAGGUGAUAUGAUGAAAGAAAUCGAGAAGACUUCAGUUUCAUACUGGAAAAAUGAAGAGACAUAGAAAACAUUAUAUUAUGGACUCCUAUAAAUGUGUAUCUGAAAA